UUGACUCGCUGACAGAGCCCGGGCGCCAUGGCCUCCGCCGGUGUUGCUGCCGGGCGACAGGCCGAAGAUACUUUACCGCCGUCGUCCGAGCCGCCGCUGCCUGACACCAAGCCGCUGCCGCCUCCUCAGCCGCCGCCGCCGGUCGCUGCGCCUCAACUGCAACAGUCGCCGGCGCCGCGGCCUCCGUCACCAGCCCGCGUGAGGGAGGAAGAGAAUUACUCCUUUUUACCUUUGGUUCACAACAUCAUCAAAUGCAUGGACAAGGACAGCCCGGACGUCCACCAGGACCUGAAUGCCCUCAAAACCAAGUUUCAGGAGAUGCGAAAGCUCAUCAGCACCAUGCCUGGCAUCCACCUGAGCCCCGAGCAGCAGCAGCAGCAGCUGCACAGCCUCCGGGAGCAAGUCAGGACCAAGAACGAACUUCUGCAAAAGUACAAGAGUCUCUGCAUGUUUGAAAUCCCCAAGGAGUAGAGUGAAGCCGACUUACAGGAAUACCUGAGAAAGAAGAGGGAAGGCAAAGGUCCCCACCCCAGCACUUCCUUGGAGUGUGGUUCCUUUGGACCCCAGCUCUGAACCUCAGAGCCAACAGGCGCGCUCCUGCUGCCUUGUCAGCGUUGACUGCAGGGAGCUAGUGAAGCAGGCUCCACAGGGGCUUCCUGGCAUAUAUACACAUGUCUAGAUGCAUGGUAACUUAAGUGCCUGCUGGUGGAAGUCAGAAUGUUCCUGGAGACUGGGAGGGGGUGGAGGACUCUGCCCUGCCUCUGGGGAGGGGCCAUCUGCUGUGUGUGCCACCCCACUGGCAGAUCUGAAGGGCGCAGUGGGAAAGGAGGCAGCUUGCCUUUGCUUCCUUCCCUCCCUCUCCUCCACCCCCAUACGAUCAGAGUGUACCAGGUACAUACUGUUCCUGUUAACUGCAGUUUCAUGAAACAUUUGCAUAGAAUUCACUGGAUCAAUUAGGCUUGCACUCAUAUGGCGUGAAUUUAACAUGAUAAAAGAAGGCUAUGAGAGAAUGAACAUUGUUUUGAAAGGUCACAACGUGGCUUUUUUUCCUGAAACAGUCUGGUUCCUUUUAUGUUUGAGUCAGUGAAUGGAACUAUACCCAUGGGGGUGUCAGCUUGGAGCCCUACCAGGCAGCCCCUGCCUCCAGAUUCCCUGCCU